UCUACUAUAUAUAUGAUGCACAGGGCACGAUACACUUCUAUGUACCGAUAAGGAGCAGCUUUAGGCUGUUCAAACAGGCUUUGUUUCAGGGUCGAACCCUUAACAGAAAAACGUGUUUGUGUCUCUGUAAGCAGAUAAAUGUUCUGUACUAAUCUAAAUGACAUGACCUUCUUUGACGUUAUCCUCUGAUGAACAUGAACAGAACAAAAACAACAAAACUAUUACAAAGGAAAAAUGAAUAAUUUCCCUCAAAAGUGCUUCUGGAGACCUUGUCUAAUACUGUCUUGAUCUUCAGGUAUGGAGUCCUGUGUAAUCCGCGAGACCACUUUCAACUCCAUCAUGAAGUGUGACAUGAACAUCCAUAAGGAUCUGUAUGCCAAAACUGUACUGUCCGGUAAUACCACCAUGUACGCUGGCAUUGCAGACAGGAUGCAGAAGGAAAUCACAUCCCCGGCCCCUAGCACAAUGAAAAUUAAGAUCAUUGCCUCACCUGAGCGCAAAUACUCUGUCUUUAUCGAAGGCUCCAUCCUGGCCUCCCUGUCCACCUGCCAGCAUAUGUGGAUCAGCAAGUUUGUAAUAGUUUUGUUCUUGUUCUGUUGAUUCUCAUCAGAGGAUAACGCCUAAGAAGGCCAUGUCAUGUCACUUAGAUCAGUACAGAAUGUUUAUCUGCAUGCAGAGACACAAACAUGUUUUUCUGUUCAAGGUUCGUCUGCACAUCUUCUAAGACCCUAAAACAAAGCCUGUUUGAACUGCCUCAAACUGCUUCUUAUCGGUACAUAAAAGUGUAUCAUGCUCUGUGUUUAGUAUAUAUAGUAGAUGUUCAGCACAAGCGCCUCAGAGCUCUCUCAUUAUUCUAUCCUGCUUUCUUCUAUCCUGUAUUAAGCAUCUUUCUGAAAUAAACCUUUUUUCACUUCAGAGGACGAGUCUGCGAGUGUUGUAUAAUUUCCACAACAAGUGUUUUAGAUUUUGGAGUGAUUUGGAGGGUUUCGGAGUGUUUUAGGGUUUCGGAGGGUUUUAGAGGGUUUUAGGAUUUUGGAGGA